AUGGGGACAAAAGCCGAUAAUGGCGAUGUCGUGGCACCUCAAAAAUCGAGACCCAAGACUUUGGAAACGACAUGUUCGAAGUCCGUUGGGUUUCCGAACAUUGACGAAACCUCCAGCACGGAUUCUUCGAGCUCUUUAUCCUUUGAAUCAGUUUCGUCACAGACAGUAGGUCAGGAUCCAAUAAUUAACUCAACAAGUCAGGAUCUUAGUGUGGACGGUGAGCCGAAUUCCAUUGUGGAAAAGAUACAGAAUUUUAGUGUUGAAAAGAGUCCGGACUAUGUGGUUGAUAGGAAGCUGGAUUCUCCUCCUAAAAGUAAAGAACAUAGGAAAUUCGGUGGUAACAAAACUAGGAUACGGAGCUUACUUCAAGAACGUAAGUUGAGCAAAUCAAGGAAGGUUCGACAGCACCAACACAAGACCCGGCAUAAGGGCCACAAGCAUAAGCAUGACGAUGGGCCAAUAUCCCUGGCUGUGUUAGCAGAGAGUGGGAUUCUUAUUAAAUCAAGGAAACCGAAACCAUACGAGUAUGAUGAGGACUUUACCAAGAUAUCUGGGGCCAGGAGCAGUAUAGGAAGUAGCACGACGAGUUUUGCUAGUAGUGAUAUACAUUUCAGUGACCCUGACUCGGACCUGGAAACUGCGUCGUACGUCAGUUGUGUCACAUGUCUAAGUGACAGUGUGUCAUCGUUAUCGGUUAACAGCAGCCAAAUAAGCGAGAGACCCCAAACUGAAUAUGCAUCUGUUAACGGUCAAAUCCCGACAAACUCUGUGAUCCCUUAUGAUAUUAUUCUUAACGCAAAGCACGUUGAUGUCAACGACGAAUCUCUUAACAAAAAGAAGUUUCCCAAGAUUACUUUGAACGAUAACCAUCACCUGAUAGAGAUCACAUUUGCCCGGCCAAGAAGAAACGACGUUGUACCGAAACGCUUAACAUUGUUGGUGGAAUACGCAUCUAGGAUGUAUAGCAAUAAGUUAAACGGUAAGGGAUUGGAGGACGAGUUUGCAUCUGAUGUUGUCGAGGAAAUAUUACGAAGAAGUUACAAAAACAGUAAGCGGAAUAGAAGCUUACUCGUUAUCAUCAAUCCCUUUGGUGGGAAGAGGAAUGCGAAGAAGAUUUUUAUGAGGAAAGCAAAACGAUUACUAAUGGCCAGUGAUUUUAUGUUUGAUUUGGUAUAUACCAAGUACUCAGGGCACGCCAUUGAAAUUGCUAAGAAUAUGGAUAUCGAAAAGUACGAUACCAUAGCAUGCGCAUCGGGAGACGGCAUUCCGCACGAGGUGAUCAACGGGUUGUACAGGAGGCAUGAUAGGGUACGAGCAUUUAAUAAGUUGGCCAUUACAGAGAUCCCGUGUGGGUCUGGGAACGCGAUGAGCGUUUCCUGUAACUGGACGAAUAACCCCUCGUACGCUACAUUAUUCAUCAUCAAAUCUGUGGAGACGAGAAGCGAUAUUAUGUGCCUGUCACAGCCGUCAUACGAGGCCGGGGUACCGAAGUUGUCGUUUCUGUCACAAACGUACGGUAUAAUAGCGGAGUCCGACAUCAACACUGAGUUUAUUCGAUGGAUGGGCCCCGCCAGGUUUGAAUUGGGCGUAGCCUUCAACAUUCUUCAAAGGAAGAAAUACCCGUGUGACAUUUAUGUGAAGUAUUAUACCCGAACGAAGAAUGAACUGAAGGCUCAUUAUUUGAAGGAGAUAGAGAAAUCGAAGCACUCAUUUGAGGAGGAUGACUCCGACAGUGAGCCCGUGACAGAGGAGAUGUUCAAAGUCAAGUAUCCACUGAAGGACGGUGUUCCCUCGGACUGGGAGAAAAUCGAUUCUGCGUUGACGGAUAAUCUUGGGAUUUUCUACACGGGGAAGAUGCCGUACGUAGCUGCUGACACCAAGUUUUUCCCAGCGGCGCUCCCCGAUGACGGUGCCAUCGACAUGGUUCUGACAGAUUCGAGGACACCGUUCACGAGAAUGGUUCCUAUCCUGCUGGCGCUUGACAAAGGUUCGCACGUUCUGCAACCGGAGGUAAUCCAUUGCAAGAUCCUCGCGUACAAGUUGAUCCCCAAGCUUGACAUGGAAAACACCGUCGAUGGUGCUACCGGUAGGACUUCCUCCAACGGUAAGGUGUCUUCCACAGGAUUAUUUUCGGUGGACGGGGAGAAGUUCCCACUGGAGCCCUUACAAGUGGAAAUCAUCCCCAGAUUGUGCAAGAUGCUGCUGAGGAAUGGUAGUUAUGUGAACACCGAGUUUGAUGGUAUGUGA